ACACUCUGGCAGACAGACAUCCAGACAGAGCAAGAGACAGACAGACAGACGAGUCCUCCCUCAAACUCAACCAGGAAAAGAAAAGAGAAAAAAAAGAAAACUACAAAUCUUCAAAACAGUAUUGACCAAAGGAUCUUAGUAAGAUCAUUGACUGUCAUUUAAGUUUUUAAGCCGCUCACAAACAGAAGUUAAAGAUGCAGAUGUGCACAGUCCUGGAGAAGAAAGGAGGAUGUGUGGUUAGAGCUGAGCUCAGCUGCAGUGUGAAGGAGGAAAAUCCAACUAAGAAAGAGAGUUACACCGCUAACUGGCGCAGCAUCAAUAUGAAGACUCGACCGGAGGAUCGCCAAUCGAUGCUGAUGUCAGACGACUCUCACCGUGAGUCCCUGUCCCGUUAUUGGCAGGCGCGUCCUCUCAAUCAGGCCUGCCCAUCAGGUGUUGUCAGAGUGGGCACUGUGGACACAGGUGUAAGGGAGCACCAGCUCUUACCCUACAGGAACACCCUGCCCCUGCCCAUCUUCAAGCCUGCUGAGCUGGGUGUCCGCCUGGGCCGCGGAGCCCCACACACCCUGGAAGAUCUCCCUCCCGCCCGGGUUCUCGACGUAGCCUGUCCAGACAAGAGACCAUUGGAACAGAUCACCAGGGACCUGCCACCUGUCAAACCCAUGCGAAUGGAGUUUGCCAAGGCACCCAGAGCCCUGGGCCGAUCCAUGUCUCAGGAGGCCCAGAGAGGCUGAAAAGCAGAAAGACAAAUAUGAGUCAAAGACUGUAUGGACUAUUUUAAAUAAUGAGACAAAAGGUAGAAUGAAACAGAGGGUGUGAGCAAGUAGAAACAGGUUUUUAGGGAUAGUGAAACAGCAUUGAAACCUCAAAUGAUGAAAUGAUGUUCAUGAUGGGAAAAAGAAAUCUGAUGAUCCUGAUAAUGAUCUUGGCAACAAGGAUAAUGCUAUGUAUAGUGAAUUUGAGUUGUAAAUAGUUUUUGCUUUUUUGUAUUGAGCAUGUUUAAAAUGCAGCAGAUUUUGUUUGUUUGCCAUUAAUUGAAUGUGCAUAGGUUCGUUUUUUGAGCUCUUGUUAAUGUUUUUAACAUGCCAUCAAGGCUGGUCAUGCAAAAUAAUUGUUUAGUAAAAGAGAAAAAUAUAUAUUUUUGUUAAAACAUUUAACAAAUAAGAAUUGCACUAUUUAUUGACAGCUGGUAUUUGUUGUUGGAUUUAUUGAUAGUUGAUAUUUGCUAUUUACCUUAAUCACUUCAAUAAAGUUUUAUUAGUAUAAA